GGUAGACACAAGAGCUUUAGUGUGUUAGCUAUAGUCAUAGCAAACUCUAAACACUCGUCUUGCUUUUGAAUUAUGGCCCAGGCCAAAAGUGAUAUGAGUAUCAACAUGGAGAUUUCUAACGGAGCUGUUAUCCACUGUCCUGUAGGAUCAUGCAUGGAGAUGGAAGAUCGGCGGACUGGGGAGGAAGAGGAGGAGGAAGAUGAGGUUGAAUUAGGUGAAGAGGUGGAUGAGGAUAUGGACGAUGGUGGAGAAGACAACGUAAUGCCCUCAACAGAUGUGAUCAUCCAUAAAACAGAGCAAGAGGAUUUAAUGGAAGACCUUGAGCACCAAGAGAGUGCGAUUCUGCAAAAUGAAGAGGUAAAAUAUGGAAAGAUGGAGGACGAAGUGGACAUAACAAGACCUGAGCUACCAGCUGAACUCUCAAUUACAGCACAAACACAAGUUUCGAAAAUGCUGGAAACGCUGUACGAAGAUGAAAAGGAAAGCGAUGAACAACAAGCGCAGACUUUGAGCGCAAGGAAGAUGGAGACACAGGAGCUCCUCCUCUCUGAGGUAAGACAGCUCACGUGUUGCCUCCUCGAGAAAAUAGAAAUAAAGUACAGAGAUGAUCAAAUGCAGCAAGUAAAAAAUGAAAUAGUUUUGCAUGAAGAGGGUGUACAAAAAGAUGUGGAUGAAGAGCCACGGAUGGUUUCUACCAGUGAAGCAGAUUCAAAAGAAAACUUUCAGAGUCUUGGGGAAGAGGAAGAACCAGCGACAUUUGAAAACACUGGCGAAGAAAAGCCUAUGACCGGGGCGCCAAUGCACACAAAUAAUAAUCAAGAAACAUCCACCAUUAACAAAGCAGCAGAAGAAAUGGCGAUUGACUGUAUUGCAAAAGAACAACUAUCUCAAACUGAUCUGUUUGGUGGGACCGUAGAGGAGACGGUCCAGAAUUCAAAUCCCUUGGCGGAAAGCAUCGUGCAACAACGUGAACGAUUAGAGAGGCUGCAACAAGUGAUGGGAGACACCGAUCCAGAGAACUGUGAGAGAAUAGUGGCGGAUACCCAAUCAGCCAUUGCCAAUGGACCUGAGGAGACAAGAGGAGAUAAAGAAAUGGAUAAAGAGGUAGAGGGCAUAGAAAUUAUUCAAAAAGGUGUAGAGAUUACCAAGAAGGAGGAGCUUUCUGCAGAGGAGGGAAGCUGUACAGAGGUAGAACAGCCACAUAAAGCACCUGAAAUUUUAGAAGAGGGGGCGUGUAAGGAACAGCCAAGACAAGUCAACGAAGAAGUGCCAAUACCUGUAGAAGAGGGGGCAUGUAACGAGAAGGAACAGCCAAGACAAGUCGACGAAGAAUUAGCAAUACCUGUAGAAGAGGGGGCAUGUAACGAGAAGGAACAGCCAAGACAAGUCAACGAAGAAGUGCCAAUACCUGUAGAAGAGGGGGCAUGUAACGAGAAGGAACAGCCAAGACAAGUCAACGAAGAAGAGCCAAUACCUAUAGAAGAGGGGGCAUGUAACGAGAAGGAACAGCCAAGACAAGUCGACGAAGAAUUACCAAUAUGUAACGAGAAGGAACAGCCAAGACGAGUCAACGAAGAAGAGCCAAUACCUAUAGAAGAGGGGGCAUGUAACGAGAAGGAACAGCCAAGACAAGUCGACGAAGAAUUACCAAUAUGUAACGAGAAGGAACAGCCAAGACAAGUCAACGAAGAAGUGCCAAUACCUAUAGAAGAGGGGGCAUGUAACGAGAAGGAACAGCCAAGACAAGUCAACGAAGAAGAGCCAAUACCUAUAGAAGAGGGGGCAUGUAACGAGAAGGAACAGCCAAGACAAGUCGACGAAGAAUUACCAAUAUGUAACGAGAAGGAACAGCCAAGACAAGUCAACGAAGAAGUGCCAAUACCUGUAGAAGAGGGGGCAUGUAACGAGAAGGAACAGCCAAGACAAGUCAACGAAGAAGAGCCAAUACCUAUAGAAGAGGGGGCAUGUAACGAGAAGGAACAGCCAAGACAAGUCGACGAAGAAUUACCAAUAUGUAACGAGAAGGAACAGCCAAGACAAGUCAACGAAGAAGUGCCAAUACCUGUAGAAGAGGGGGCAUGUAACGAGAAGGAACAGCCAAGACAAGUCGACGAAGAAUUACCAAUAUGUAACGAGAAGGAACAGCCAAGACAAGUCAACGAAGAAGUGCCAAUACCUAUAGAAGAGGGGGCAUGUAACGAGAAGGAACAGCCAAGACAAGUCAACGAAGAAGAGCCAAUACCUAUAGAAGAGGGGGCAUGUAACGAGAAGGAACAGCCAAGACAAGUCGACGAAGAAUUACCAAUAUGUAACGAGAAGGAACAGCCAAGACAAGUCAACGAAGAAGUGCCAAUACCUGUAGAAGAGGGGGCAUGUAACGAGAAGGAACAGCCAAGACAAGUCAACGAAGAAGAGCCAAUACCUAUAGAAGAGGGGGCAUGUAACGAGAAGGAACAGCCAAGACAAGUCAACGAAGAAGAGCCAAUACCUAUAGAAGAGGGGGCAUGUAACGAGAAGGAACAGCCAAGACAAGUCAACGAAGAAGAGCCAAUACCUAUAGAAGAGGGGGCAUGUAAGAAGCAAGAACAGCUCAACAAUGAGAAACUGGAGGUCAUAAAGGGAGGUGACACUGCAAAGGAACAGCGAAGACAAAUCAAGGAAGAAGAACCAACAACAAUAGAAGAGGGGGCGUGUAAGAAUCAAGAACAGCUCAGCAAUGACAAAUGGGAGGUUGCAGAAGGAGGUGACGCUGCAAAGGAACAGCGAAGACGAGUCAAGGAAGAAGUGCCAAGAACAAUAGAAGAGGGGGCGGGGAAGUGGCUAGAAGAGCUUAAGGCUGUCAUUGAAGAUGAGCCAAGAAGGAAAGCCCAGGGGGGGCGAAAAGUGGCCAUGCCUGCCUGGUUGAAGUCCAACGAGAGUUCAGAUGCCUCUUUCCAAGAUCCAUCGAAGCCCCUCGGCAGUCAGAUCAGAACCAUGAGCAUUGGCAGCGAAGGGGAGGUGAAUAUCAAGGCCAAAGGUCAAGAGGUCACCAUGGCGAAUGGCUUCCCUGGGAUCCAACCUGCUGUAGUUCAACAAGAAGAGGUUAAAACAUUGGGAAAACUGACCAGGAUGGCGACUCCAGCUCAGCGGGAUGGCGAUCCUCUUGACCAGCAGAUCUCCCUUUAUGUGAAGGCCGGCAGUGAUGGAGAGAGUCUCGGGAACUGUCCGUUCUCUCAGAGACUCUUCAUGAUCCUCUGGCUGAAAGGAGUCAUCUUCAACGUCACCACUGUGGACCUCAAGAGGAAGCCUGCAGAUUUACAGGAUCUCGCUCCGGGAACCAACCCUCCGUUCAUGACCUUCAACGGAGAGGUUCUGGUGGACGUCAACAAGAUCGAGGAGUUUCUCGAGGAACGAUUGGUCCCGCCACGAUACCCAAAGUUGGCAGCAAAGCAUCCAGAAUCCAACACAGCGGGAAUAGAUGUAUUUGCCAAGUUUUCUGCCUACAUCAAGAACCCUCGUAAAGAAGCUAAUGAGGGUCUGGAGAAAGCUCUUCUGAAGUCCCUGAAGAGGUUGGAUGAGUAUUUGCAGACGCCGCUGCCCGAGGAGAUUGAUGCCAACAGUGUAGAUGAUCAUGAAGUGUCCACACGGGGAUUCCUGGACGGGCCAGACCUCACGCUGGCCGACUGCAACCUGCUCCCCAAACUACACAUCAUGAAGAUUGUUGCUAGGAAAUACAGAGGUUUUGAGAUUCCUGCUGAGAUGACUGGAGUUUUGCGAUAUUUGAAUAACGCCUAUCAGAGAGAAGAGUUCAUGAACACCUGCCCUGCGGACCGCGAGAUCCAGUUCGCUUACCUGGACGUCGCCAAAAAGAUCAAAUAGUUCAGGAUGACCAGACAACUAGUGCUAACUCGUAGUUCUCUUGUGAGCAAUGUCAUAUGCUUGUGCGUGCGUGUGUGUGUGUGUGUGUGUGUGUGUGAAUGCACUCACUGGUGGAGCUGCAUUAAUACUGCGGUGUAUUGAUCCGAAAUCGGUAGAAAGGCAUCAGUUCUCCUUAAAUCAUUGGCAGGACCAGAAAAAUAGUAUAAUACCAGACACAGAGAUAAAAUAUUCUGUCUAUUAGCACUUAACAUAACUUCAUAUCUAUCUUAUCUGUCUCAAAAAAAUGCUGGGUUGAUUUAACCCAAUUUUGGGUCAAAUAUGGACUAACCCAAACGUUGGGUUAAAAAAUAUAAUUUAUAAAAAAAUUGACCCAAAUUUGGGUUGAAACAACCCAACAUUUGUAAGAGCAUUUUUCCCCCCAAAUGAUAUAGAUAGACUAGAUAUGAUAUAUUCAUAAUGUUCACCAUGGCCUUGGCCAAAAUUGAUCUCAUAAUCAUUUUUAAGCUAUGGAUCUCGAUAUUUUUGUUGUUUAUUUCUUAAUUUUUGCUUGUGAUUCUUCUGGUCAGGCCAGUAUAUGUACACAUACAUUUUAUAUUUACAUUUUAUAUCUAAAAUAAUAAUAAUUAUGGAAAAUCGUGUUCAUUAUUUACAAUAUCAUGAAACUCCCCUUUUAUAUCAUCACACUAGGCUUUAUUACACAGGUUGAUGUUUGUUUGUUUUUUAAAUGAAUUACAUUUCUAGGUAAUUGUUUUGUCUUUCCACGCUUAUGCCGAAACUGCUUCAUUUAUAUUUGAUUGUUUUCAUCAAUGCAUAGAAUUUGUUAAAACAUUCUAUUUAUGCAACUUUGUAACCUUGCAUGAACGCCUUAUGACGCCUCAUAUUAAACGAAUCAGAAUUCA